AUGUCCUCCAUGUAUCGCUCUAUGCCGCGAAGGAAUAUCGAGGGACAAGUUUCCCUCGCCAAGUGGCCCACUGUGGCUCGCUCUCCAGCAUCUCCAUGGGACAUAGACGAAUCAACGGCCCACACAGUCAGUAAACUCAACUCGUACUUCGGUUUCCGCCCUCCAACGGGAUACGCCAAGUCAAUAUACGGCACGCCUGACGAGACUGGAUACUCCCCAGACAUUACCCAGCUGUCCGCAGACCACACGCCUGAACUUCGCCACGAUACGCCAUCGGAGGUGAGGACAAGGACGUCGUCUUUCGGACCCGAGACACCGCCAACCAAGUUCGAUCCGUCCUUCACCUCUGAUCCGCAUGUGCAGCCUUUGACGCCGGCACGGCACGGCCCUUCCCACCUCCGGUCGUACUCCGACGGAUGCAACCUGCAGAGCUUUCGGUCCGAUCGAGCCGGCUCGGAAACGGCAGACUACGACUACAAGCGGCACUCGCAUGCUGCCCUGAUGCCGCAGGCUGAAGAGGGCCUUCACCGAGCCUCUUCUCAAGAACCCGCCUCUCCGCAUCACAACUACACUGUCAAUCUUACGCGAGACAACAGAGCCGUCACUCUCUGCUUGACGUCCGGCGGUUCCCCAAAUCGGAUGGAACCUUCUAUUACAUGCUAUCGCCAGACGUACCUUCCCUUAGGCGGCCAGUAUGCUGAGUUUUUCAAGGCAUCCGAGGCCCUGUCCCUUCUUCAGCACAUGGUCAACGCACCGUCUCAACCCUUUGUCCCUUUCUCCAGACGUGAGCGGGCCGACUUGAUGCUUCGCAUGCGCAACACCCCGGAGAGCAUGGUCCUCGGCGACCCUUGCUCCAACGCGCGCGCGUGGACAAGCUUCUUCGCCGCAGAGCUCUCCGCUGGCAGAGCCUGGGAGGCUGGUACCGUCAUUUUCCCAUGGGCAGUGCUUCAAAAGCUCAUGAACUCGCUCAACUCCGAGUGUGGGCGAAGGCGGCGCAUGCAGACAAGAGCAGCUACGUCCCAGUCCAGAAGAGAUAUGGACGAGCCUCUCGGGUCGCGUGGACACUUUCAGAACAGCCAAUCACUCGAGUGCCGCACCGUCUCUUUGCGUCUUUCGGAGACCGACAACCGUGAUGCAGUAGGAGACCACAACUCUGUGUCGUCCGCCUCCCCGCCGCCCCGCACACCGACGGAUCCUCACCCGCCCGCACGCAUUCAGUUUAUGCGGGAGCGGGGCAAGUCACCGCUGUCAUUAUCAGCCGGCCCCAUCCGGCGCAGGCGCCAGAACUCCGAGCCUGUCCGGAGAUUGAGUCUUUCUCCGCCCCGCAUCGCGCUGCUCAAGUCCAACCCCUGCCGGCAGAACCUGCGACGUCUCGCCGCUGCAUCAACACCUGCGCGACUCGUCUUUUACGACUCGAUUCGCUCGUGGCCUGCCAGCUCGCAGCGAUCGCGCGUGAGACUUCCGCCGUGCUCAAAGUUCUUGGAGCUUACGGCCGACCAAGGGACCAACCCCCACAAUCCCAUCGUGCUGUGA